AUGACAACCCGCCUAAAGGAACUAGGUUCCCAACAACCCCCAAUAUUCAGAAUAAACCUUUCCAACCCACCAGAAGAGCGGUACAAAGCCCUAGCCCAAAUCUACAAAGACCGAAUGCUCUCAGUAACCAGCAUAUUCGACGACGUGAUCCACAACCUCUCACCAAACAUCCCAACAAAACCCAUCCACUGGCUCGCACGUCUCUUCCUCCGCAGACUGUACACAGACGAAGAAACCGCCGAGAUCCGUGGUAUCAGCCAGGUAACGGGAAUCUCACUGUACCUGCUAAUCAGUCUAAACGUGGUGCUGGAUCUAUUAAUGGGCUGCACAAGCGGCGGGGUACGAAUGCUGGACGGACUCUGGACACGAAUGGUGCAUUUCCGAACCUUAGACUGGGGAAUGGAUCCACUACGCGAUCUGAUCGUGCAACUUGAAUUCGUGCGCGACGAUGCACCGGACAAAGUGCUCGCGACGUGCAUCACGUACGUUGGGUUCGUGGGUGUUCUCACGGGUGUGCGGAAAGACCUGAGUGUUUCGCUCAAUUUCCGGGCUGUGCAUGAUUCCCGCAGGAAUGUGGGGUUUUAUUUUAAUUAUUUUCUUGUUUUGCUUGGGUUGCGACAAUCUGUCACGUCGCUGCUGAGGCAGUGUGUUCUUCCCGGUGUGCAGGCUGGGGGAUCUACGGGGCUUUCGAAUACUUCGACUUUGGAGGAGAUCUUGGAGGAAGUACCUUGUUUGCGCACGACGGCUGCGUAUUUGAUUUUCUGUGAUGGGAGGAGUAUUGUUGCCAUGGAGAAGGACUAUGAGACUGCGUUUUGGCGGAGGGAGAGUUCUUUCCUUAUCAAAACCAAUCAUGACGAGGAUACUGCAUCGGUUAUGGAUGAGGCGAUCGCGAAUGAUAGGGGGUAUACGGGUCUGCGUGUGGCGGAUGGUAUGCAGAGCAUGGCUGAGAUUAUUGAAGAGAGUAAAGAGCGGCAGGCGUCGAUGCAGGGGAAAUGGGAUCGCAGGGUGAAGGACCAUGGGGUUUUCCAACAGCAACUUAAGAGGAGGAGGGUUAAAGAUGCUUCUGUUCCUCGAUCAAUGCAUUUAACGUGGAAACGGAAUACGAAGAUAAGGGAAGAGGAGUCGGAGGUGUCUGUUACUCUCGGGACAGUGUUGGGAUGGCUUUGCUCGGAUCCGAUUGUUAAUGAAGAUACUCAUUACGCGGUAUUGAUGGAUCCUGUUAAAGGCAGGUUUCUUUAUUCGGGCCAGUUCCCAGUUAAGGCAUGA